GAGCAUUGCAGUCAGUACGCUGCUGCCUCCCUGGGUACAGCAGCCAGUGGACUCGUUUGCCUAUAAAAUAUAUCUAUUUCGUUUUAUUUAUUUAUUUUUUUACUAGCGGAUAGUUAUUUCUCUUUCAUUAAUAUUUAUUUCGGAUAUUUAGCAGAGACCGUGCGACGAAGACCGAGAAGAACUGAGGAAGUGUGAGGCUUUAGAGUUUGUUUUUUUGGCAAUCCCCUUUGCUUUGGUCUGCCUCCACUCUGCUUAUUAUCUGCUGUUUGCCAAGAAGGGAAUUUUCUACGACCCGAGGAAACAUGAGCUUUCUUUUUGGAAACCGUUCAUCCAAAACAUUCAAGCCCAAGAAGAACAUCCCGGAGGGUUCUCAUCAGUAUGAGCUGUUGAAACAUGCAGAGGCUACUCUCGGGAGUGGAAACCUGCGCAUGGCAGUCAUGUUGCCUGAGGGUGAAGACUUAAAUGAGUGGGUCGCAGUCAACACUGUGGAUUUCUUCAACCAGAUCAACAUGCUGUAUGGCACCAUCACAGACUUUUGCACCGAGGAGAGCUGUCCAGUCAUGUCUGCUGGUCCCAAGUAUGAGUACCACUGGGCUGAUGGAACCAACAUCAAGAAGCCCAUCAAGUGCUCCGCUCCCAAGUAUAUUGAUUACCUCAUGACCUGGGUGCAAGACCAGCUCGAUGAUGAGACACUUUUCCCUUCAAAGAUCGGCGUGCCCUUUAAGCGUAACUUUAUGUCUGUGGCGAAGACAAUUCUGAAGCGUCUGUUCAGGGUCUACGCCCACAUCUACCACCAGCACUUUGACUCUGUCAUGCAGCUGCAAGAGGAGGCCCACCUCAACACAUCGUUCAAACACUUCAUCUUUUUUGUUCAGGAGUUCAACCUCAUUGACAGGAAGGAGCUGGUCCCACUACAGGAGCUGAUUGAAAAACUGACAACCAAGGAUAGAUAAACGGCUGUGUAAUCUUUAUUUUAUUGUUCUAGUUUUUGCACAGAUACCCACCCCCCCAC